UGUAGUAGUUAGUUACAUGAGAGCAACGUCAACUUCACUUAAAGUAGCUAAGUCUGAUCUUUCUUUCCUCACUUGUUCGUUAACUUAAGAUGGCUAAGAAGAACGGCACGUCGUGGCUCAAGGCCGUGAAGAAGAUUCUCUGGUCACCCUCAAAAGAUUCCGACAAGCAGAGUCACCAGAAAGAAGCUGAUUAUAACAAGAAAAAGGAGAAGAAAGGAUGGAUAUUUCGUAAGACCAAAGUCGAAAACACUGACUCUAUAACCGACACGAUACCUAAGGCUGAGACUGAGGAGAAGGACAAACCGGCGGCCGCCGAGGUCGUUAAGCUAACGGCAACUCCAGGUUUUAUAAGACGUCGUUGGGCUACCAUUAUUAUUCAAACAGCUUUCAGAGGCUACCUCGCAAAGAGAGCAUUUGGGGCACUGAAAGGGAUAGUGAAGCUACAAGCAUUGGUGCGAGGUCAUAAUGUUAGAAACCAAGCGAAACGCACUUUAAGAUGCAUAAAGGCUUUGGUUCGAGUUCAAGAUCAAGUGCUUAAUCAUCAUCAUCAACAACAACAACGUUCAAGAGUCUUAUCAUCACCAUCAUCAAACUGUUAUGAUAUCGAAGCAAGACGUAACUCAAUGUUUGCUGAGUCCAACGGUUUUUGGGACACUAAAACAUAUCUUCAAGACAUCCGUAGCCGUAGAUCUCUGUCGAGGGACAUGAGUCGAUGCACCAAUGAAUUCGUGGUUAACCAAGAAGAAACACAAUCAAUUUUGCAGAAGAAAUUAGAGAUUGCUAUUGAACGAGAGAAAGCACAUGCACUUGUUCUCUCUCAUCAGAUUCGGAGUCGCUCUUACCGGAAUCAAUCAGCCGGCGACGAUACGGAGCUUCUAGAGAGAACCAAAUGGCUCGAUCGAUGGAUGGCUACAAAGCAAUGGGACAACACAAUCACAAGAGAUCCAGUAAAGACUCUUGAAAUGGAUACAAACAUAGCCACCACAACACAUCAAAGAUCGUAUCCAGCGACUCCACCUUCAUGCAGAGCCACUAGAACCUCUGGGGUAAGAUCAGCUAGUCCGAGGAUACCUUGUUCUUCGCCUUCUUCCAUGGUUCAGCCGAACUACAUGAGUGCGACUGAGUCAGCUAAGGCUAAGGCACGGACUCAGAGCACGCCACGUCGGAGACCGGUUAUUACGGCGAAGAAACGGUUGUGUUAUGCGGAGGAGGGGAGUUUGAGGAGUCCGAGUUUGAAGAGUGCUUAUAAUGGUUGUCUUUGGGGGGAACGUGAAUCGGAUUACUCUUGUUGUUGCGGUGAUGGGCUCGCCGGAAAAGUGUCGCCUUGUUCUACAAGUGAUCUCCGGUGGUUAAAGUGAGAGACCUUUUUGUUUUUGUUUGUUGUGUUUUUGUAAUAUUAACGAUCAUGAGAUUUGCUUUGUUUAUGAUUCCUUGUGCCAAAAACUGAAUUAGAGAACAUUGAUUCAAAACCUUUUAUAUC